CUGCUCCGGGGACAGAGGAGCAGCUCUGCGCGGCUCUGGCUCCACCGCCGAGGACUUCUGCUUCUUCUGCACAAUUUUAGUGUAUUGAGCAAAAUACAAAACAGGUCUUUAAAAUCCCUCAAAUUAAGUGGGGCAGACAACAGAUUACUUGGUGCAAUGGAAACGUUUGUGAAUAAACAAUCUUGCACUGAUAAUGCUUCAACAAGAAGUCAGAAGAAGAUCAAACUGGAGAACAAUGAGAGGAUAAAGCAGGAAGAUGCUGAGGAAGAUGAGGAUGAAGCUUCAGCAGAGUUCUCCCAUCCUGUCCCCUGGCAAAAAAUAGAGGCAGAGGGACUGGACUGUGACUACGCUUUGCUCUUCUCCAAGACGGAAGCAGACCACUUUUUCAAACUACUGGAAGAGGAAGUGGUGUACUCAACAGGUGAAGAAGCAAAGGUCCAGGUGUUUGGAAAGGUGUACAAUAUACCGAGGAAGCAGGCAACGUAUGGAGAUGCAGGUCUAACCUACACUUAUUCUGGGGUGACACGUUCAGCCUGCCCAUGGACCCCAACCUUGGAAUACAUUCGGGAUGCUGUCACAAAAACAACAGGACAGACAUUCAACUUUGUCUUGAUCAACAGGUACAAAGAUGGGCAGGAUCACAUGGGUGAACAUCGUGAUGAUGAGAAGGAGCUGGACCCCCUCUGUCCCAUCGCUUCCGUCUCUCUCGGGGCAGCACGAGACUUCAUCUUCCGACACAGGGAUGCUCGGGGCAAACAGAGCUGCCGACAGAUUGAACCCGUGAAGCUGGAGCUCGCUCCUGGAAGCCUGCUCCUCAUGAACCAACCCACCAACACAUACUGGUAUCACAGCCUUCCAGUUCGAAAGAAGGUCCUCCAGCCUCGCAUCAACCUCACCUUUAGGCGCAUCCUACUGAACUGCAAAAAAAAGAGCUAGCCAUGGCCAGAUGUAGAUUAUAAACCUGGCCAAUGGGGCCAAGACACUUCUGACCACGUUGACCUGAAUUUAGUUAAAUUUUUUGUUAAUGUAAAGAAUAAAUAAAAAAGUCUGAGUAACUAAAUGAGAAGCA